UUUACACUCUACACUCACUAACCUUUUUCAUCUGUCGUGUGCUCUUCCAUCCUUGUUCUCUUCCAAGCUUAACUUUUACACACUUAUUAAUGCCAUCAUUACCAGAUUAUCAGAUAAACCCAAUUAAAUUAAAUCAUCAUGCUUAAACCUCCCGCGCUUACUUAGGCGUUUAUAUAUACUUCUGCCAAAAGUCACAGUCACAGUCACAGCACGCAGAGGUAAGUAAGAUAGCCUCAGAUCUGCUCAGCUUUGAACGUUCCAAAUCCAACUCCGGUCAUCGGGGAUGGUUUAAUGCUGACCACCUCGCGGGGUUCUUCGCUUACCGUAAAUGUAAGUAUACCUAGAACGAGAUAGAUAUUCUUACAUAGUACCGUCCAAGGACGAAAGAAAAAGAAAAAAAGAAAAGCGAAAGAAAUUACCUAACUACAUAGUAGUCCUAAGAUAGUUACUAACUAGUUAUUAAAAACUAUUUUCUUAAAACACCUUUUUUUUUUCUUAUAUUUCUCACGUCUAUACGGUGUAUUAACUACUACUAACUACAUCAUUCAUUUCUCAUCUCUUUGACGUUGCUUAUUAGGGUUACAGGCUUCCAAGGCCGAUUCCUGUUCCUGCGUCCUCGUCUGGUCUCCAACUGGUUCCCCAGACUGAGCUAAGUUUAUCAAGGGUCCUUAUCUGAUAGAUAGGUAUCUGACUUAUUACAUACCUAGACCUAUAUUACAGUCUUAUACUAUGUAGAGGGGCUGAUGACUUCUAUUCUAUUCUAUAGGUGGCAUCCUAGUUCAACUAGUACACUACAAUGCACACUACAUUUAAUGACACGCAUUAGGUACACUUACACUACAGCCGAACCUAAGCAAAACCUCCUUUCGUCGCUACUUAUUAUCCACAACCACUACUCCAUCUCCUACACUCCCUCCGGAAGGUCCUUUUUUCUUCUCCUCUCUCUGACGACAUUUUACCCUCCUCGAGUUUUCUCAUCCAAGCCAAGUGCUGCUACUACUACGCCUUCUUCCGUCUCCGCCUAUCUCGCGCCAACCCACGCAUCCACGGGGAAACCCCCCGAUGGCAGAACACCCUUCCCCGUUUAUCUCCCCGCCCUACUCAAAUUAUGGAGGGUCACACCGGGCACGAUGAAGUCACGUUCGCAAUGGCAAUACCUACCUAACGUAGGUAGAAUCAACCUUCUCCGUCAUCGCUCACGAUGUCGUUUUUGGGGGGGAGGCAAGGGCGGAAGCGGAAGCUUCGAAACAUUAUACUCCUCCGCUUGUAGAAAGAAAGACUUGGCGACGACCCUACAUAUCGUUGUCUCUUCGUCUAUGCAUCUUCGGAAUCAUGUGCACGUGUCGCAGUGAAUUCAGACCUCCCGAGUCUCUCUCUCUCUCUCUUCUUUUCCCGCUCGUAGCCACCGGACAAUUAGAAGUCCAGUCUAGAUCUAACCCCGUGGGUGCACGACAUACCCCAGAAGAACGCAGAGCACGUCGACGUAAGGUAGAUAGCGAUACUUAGACUAUACGAGAUAUCUCCGUCGUCUAGAUCUCUAUACAUGCCUAGGUACCUAACCUAACAUAACCUAGAUUAAAAUCAUGCACCACUUCAGUCCGGUCCCGCUAUCUUCUUACAACAGAUCUACCAAGGUGUAAAGGUCGCUGUCUCGGCGCCAGUUCGCAUAAUUCAAAGAGGAUAGAGAGACUCUCUGAGGUAUACACGGGGACUGUUCAUUCAUUCAUUCAUUCGAAGACCUUGGACAGAAUAGUAGUAGUAGUUACGGUUUUUUUUUUGUGGAACUUGCGAUAUCUAUCUAUCUUCUUCCUCCUCUUCUCUUACAAGGCCGGCUGGAAUCAAAAUCAACCUUGGGAAGCUAGUUAGCUACUAAGGCGAAACAGAGGGAAAGACCCUUGAUUUUCCCCCCUCCCCCUAGGUAGCUAAGCCUUGCGCAACGCUACAACAAUCAGUACUGUACAACAAUAACAGCCCCCCAAGGCGCCCAAUUACACAAGAUAUGAUUAGAUGAUAUGCCGCAUUUGGCAAGAUGGUGGCUUAAUAGCUGAUUACACACAUGUCAAUUGAGCCGAUUCGGGCAGCA